AUGGCUGCCUCCUCCAACAUGUUCCUCGGCACUGCCGCCACCCUCAUCGCCUCGUCGGCUGCCUUCGUGACACCGAUGGCCGUGCGAUCUGCGGCGCCCGCGUCCUCUGCUUCGGCCCUCAAGAUGAGCGCUGGAACGGACUACCUUGCAACCUUGCCAGGAGCGAACGGAAAGAUCUUCGACCUGCUCGAGCUGGCCGAUGGCGCUGAUCCUGGAGAAAUCAAGCUCUGGCGCGAGGCCGAGAUCAAGCACGGGCGUGUGGCUAUGCUUGCGACGGUUGGCGUCGUUGUGGCCGAGCAAUACCACCCUUUCUUCAUGGGCCCCGACUACAUCGGUCCCGCCGUGGACCAUUUCCAGGAGAUCACCGCGAAGUUCCCCCAGUUCUGGGCUUACUCUCUGCUCGGCAUGGCCUUCAUCGAGUACAACACCAUCAAGAAGGCAUAUGCUGAGCCCAGCCCCGUUACCGGUGAGGGCGGCCUCAGGGAUGAGUACAGCCCGGGAGACCUUGGCUUCGACCCCGCCAAGAUCAAGCCCAAGGACCAGGCGGGCCUGGAGAAGAUGCAGAACAAGGAGCUUAACAACGGGCGCCUCGCCAUGAUCGGCAUCGUCGGCAUGUUGGUGCAGGAGCUGGUUAACGGGCAGGACAUCCUCGGCUAAACGGCAUGGGAGGAACGGGGUCGCUUUUGCGGCCAAGCCUGACCGUAAAUCGAUCUGUACAUAAAAGGGAGACGACCCAACAAGCGAACUGCUGCUUUGCAUACAUACGUGUUCGUUCCUUGAGGGAAAGAUUAAUGGGUGUUAGCACUGCACGGUAAUAGAACAAGGAAAGAACGUACGCACAUGUGUCUGUUGGAUGUCUUUUUUCUUUUCAGUACAUGGUGACCAUCCACGUGUAGCGAACCCUGAAUAGCUUUCGGCUGGUUCUUUUGGCUGGCGUGGCGAUUCCAUGCGUUCAUUUGGUGCAUGUCGUCGGUCAAAGAAGGCACAUGAUGCUUGAUUGAAACAUACCUGUAGUCCAAACGUUACUUACUCGUGCAGUCCUUGUUGAUGGCAUAUCCUUGAUUUUACAGUUAAUGGAGGGGGGUCAGAAGGCGGAGGAGGGGUCGUGUAAUCUGACCAGACACAUUUUUUGACAGCGUGCCAGCAGACGUGCGCUCUGGCCCUCUGUAUGUAAGCCGUAGUCUAAGCCUGAUUUAGAAUGGAGCGUAGUCAAUAGUUCGCACGUGGCUCCUGCGGCGCGCUUUCUCCGACAGGGACUUAGACCUGUGACGGAGACACAACACUCCGUAGGCUGAUUCGAGUGGUAGUGUCGCGCCGGAGGGAACGACAUGAUGAGUGGUGACUGGCGGUGUGGGCAUGUGUAGAGUUUCGGGUCUGUCGGAUGACCUUGCCCCGAGGAAAGAAAAAUGCAAUAUUCUGUUGUUGAAAAGACGAUCCAUGAGUUAAGUUCGUAGCUGGGAAGAGUCCCUGAAACGACCGCUCACACAGCGCAAAUAUCAAGGUUCAUUUGUUGC